CAUAAUGGAGUAGCCCAUAGCGGAAGGACGAGGGUCGGUAGUGUACGGUGAUGUUUGUAGAAGGUGUCAUGUGAGUCCAAGUUUCCAAAGUCCACUUUACAGCCACAUGCUUGGCUGGGCAGCGGACAGUCUGACCUGGGACGUCGGGACACAUUCAGAGGAGGAGGGCCAGGCGCUGAUCGCAGUAGACGGGAGUGACAUGGAGCGGAGGCAACCCGCGGACGGGAUGGAAGACAUCCUCGUACCUGGCGCCAGACCGCCCAGGGACAGGUACAAUGCUGUGUACAUCAUAUUCUUCCUGCUGGGACUGGGCAUGCUGCUGCCAUGGAACAUCUUUAUCACUGCAAAUAUGUAUUUUAGGAAGAAGUUCACGGACUCCAGAUAUGAAGACACCUUUGAGAACUACUUCUCUGUGGCCUCCAUGGUUCCAAAUGUUGUCUUUCAGCUGCUCAACAUAUUUGUGGCUCACAGGGUUCCCCUGAAUGUCCGCAUGGUUGUUCCCCUGUUCACCAUGUUGGGAUGUUUCAUCCUGACAGCAGCCAUGGUCUGGGUCAACACUGGCAAGGACAUCACUCAUGAUCACUCACCCACACUGUCAACCAAUGGCUUCUUCCUGAUUACAAUCUUCACAGUGGUUAUCAUCAACUUGGCUAGUGCCAUCAUGCAGGCAGGGUCCUUUGGUGUGGCUGGGAAGUUCCCAGGAAAAUACACACAAGCCAUCAUGAGUGGACAGGCAUUAGCCGGGGUCUUUUCAGCACUUGCAAGUAUAUUUUCACUGGCAGCUGGAGGUGACCCCAUCCACAGUGGGUUUGGGUACUUCCUCACAGCCGUUGCAGCUAUUCUUGUUGCCAUGGUUUCAUACCUUCUACUAAAGAGAUCUGAAUAUGCAAGGUACUAUCUACAAAACACCCGUGAAGUGCCGUCUGUAAAUGAGGAUGAGUCCAUUGCAGGUGUAAACGGGACAGCACCUGCUGCAGGUGUGCCUGACCUGACAGGUAGCGGGGCAGAGAACAUGCAAGUCUUAGGCAGCUCCUCUUAUUUACAAAUCUUCAGAAAGAUCUGGGUUCCUGCUGUGUGUGUCAUGUACACCUUCAUGGUUACACUGUCCAUCUUCCCGUCUGUGUCAUCCCUGAUCGAGUCUGUCAGCAAAAGUGAUGGCAGUAAAUGGACAGGAGAGUUUUUCAUCCCUGUGACAUGUUUCCUGUUCUUUAACCUAUCGGACUUGGCGGGGAGGGUUAUAGCAGGAGCUGUGCAGUUUCCAAAAGAGAAGAGCAUCCUGCUGCCUAUCCUGGUUCUCCUGAGAACAGGGUUCAUGCCACUCUUCAUGUUGUGUAACGCCCAACCGGAGGAGUUCUCCCGCCGCCUGCCUGUAGUGUUCAACAGUGACGCAUACCCCAUUGUCUUCAUGGUGCUGUUUGGGGUGUCUAACGGCUACCUGGGUAGUUUGUGUAUGAUGUAUGGACCAAGGUUGGUCUCAGCAGAACAUGCAGAGACAGCCGGGAUCACCAUGUCAGCCUUCCUGACCCUGGGGCUGGGCCUCGGGGCUGCCUUCUCCUUCGCUCUGACUGCAAGCAUUUAGAGACAUCUACUUAUGUCAGACAGCACUAGUGUGUAUGUGUCUUGUGUGUUUGGACUAGCCCAGAGUCCGGUCUUUUUAGCUUAAGUGCACUUCCAAUGGUCUCUACCUGGCAGGAUAGCUAGUGAUGGAUGAAGCAGACAGAAGCUAACAAUACUGGACUCCAGGCUAUGUUUGGACCAGAACAUCUACUGUCACAACAUGCUGAUCAAUAAGUAUGUAUGUGUGGUCCAUUGCCAAGAAUCCUACCUCUGGACAUGAAGAUUUAAAGUUAAAAUCCUUUUUGUGGUGGUCUCCAGGAAGAGGUUGAAUGGUAAGAUUGACCUCGUUUUCUGACAGCCGGCCAUCAAGGGUCUGUAUUAUGUUCUUGGACAGUCAGGAAUGUCACGUAUGUUGUUAAUCAGGAAUGUCCUGGCACAUUGAAUGUGUAUUUACAUAUAGUCAAAUAUUGGAUACUACUACCAGGUGCUACCACCAUGGCACCAUCCUAUGUUGGGUCUGUCAUAAGUGGAAGAUUAAUUUAGGUGUUCAUUAAGAUAUUUCAGGUGGCUUGCCAGGACAAAGUCCUUUCUUUCUCCUCAAGAUAAUUCCUAACAAUAUAUGUGAAAUGGUCAUUGACAUUUAUGCUGUUUUUAGUGAAUACCUCAGUGGUAGCAUGCCUUAUUUCAGUAUAAUCAGUAUAAUUGAUCAUCUUUUGGUGUGAAAUGGGGGCCAAGAUGUAUUAUUUCAAUGUUGAUUAACAUAUUUCUGUGUUGUGUUUAGAAACCACUCUCUGCCAAUAACAAUAUUUUACUUAUCUUGGCUUAUUGUCAUUGACAAAGAUUGGUUAGGAAGGUAGUCCACACAGUUGCUGUUUUAUGCCAAAUGAUAUAUAAGCGAAGCAGUUGAUAAAUCACACACAGAUAUA